AUGUGGCUGCUCCUCGUCCUGCUGCAGGCUGCAGUCCUGCCUGCUCAGCCCUGCGAGGCCCCAGGGGAGGAGGCGGUGGCAGCGGUGCAGGCGCUGAGCAGGCGGCUGCUGGGGCUGGCAGCCGACCCGGGGCGGGACCCUGACCCCAGCGUCUACCUGGCCCUUCGCCUGGCUGGUGACCACCACCUGGCUGGGGAGCAGCAGUACUUGACACGGCUGCAGGACACCUUCCAGAGCCACUACAACCGGACCCUGCAGGAAGCUGUGCCACCCCACGGCCACCCUCACCGGGACGCCACGGCGGAGUGGCCGCAGACGGGGCGGCUGGCGCUGUACCUACUGGGGCUGCGGGCCACUUGUCCCCCACCGGAUCCCAGUUCCCAGCGCUCGCUGGUGACAUGGCUGAAGCACCACCUGGAGGAGGACUGGGCAGGGUCCCGGCGGCACGGCCACCCCCUCACCAGUUACUACCAGUACAGCCUGGGCGUCCUGGCGCUGUGUGUCCACCGCAAGCGGGUGCGGGAGGAGGUGAUCCGCCGGCUCCUGGAGGCUGAGCACCACCACAAGUUCAGGCACGCCGGUGGCAGUGCUGUGGACACAGAGGCGGUGACAGUGCUGGCCUUCACCUGCCUGGAGCGGAAGCGGCUGGUGAGGUCCCGGCUGGCGGCAGAGCUGCGGGCGGCCAGGCGCAGGCUGAGGAGGAGGAUGGUGGAGGAGCAGCGCCCCGACGGCUUCUUUGGCAACGUCUACAGCACCCCGUGGGCCAUGCAGGUCUUCAUUGCCAGCAACAUGUGCCAGAUGCAGACAGUGUAUGGCCAGGCCAUGGCUGCACUGCUGAAGAACAUGGAUGCCUUCACCACCACUGCCACCAUGGCCCAGGUGCUGCCAGUGCUGCAUGGCCGCUCUUACCUGGACAUCACCUCCAUGCGCUGCCAGGAGGAGCCAGACACGCUGACCCCCAUCAAUCCUGAGCCACUGCCUGAGAUGCUGGGGACCAUGAUGGUACAGCUGGUGGUGGAGUGCCCCUUACCAGGGUGUUCCCAGCACCGCCUCUAUGACCAGCUGGUGCCCGCGCCUGCCGGUGCCUCCCUCCUGGAUGUGCUCAGGGCGGCUGCUGCCCAGGAACCUCACAACUUCACGUUUGACACCCAGGAGACCCCCCAGGGCCCCUUUCUGAUCAGCGUGCUGGGACUGGAAGCCCAGCAGCAGAAGCGGAACUACUGGCAGCUCCUCACUGACCCCAGCACCAGCCUGCAGAUGGGUGUUGCUGAGUACAGACCUCGCGAUGAGGACACCAUCAUCCUCCGCCUGAGCAAGUGGUAGAGGGG